UUCUCUUCACCUGUCUUUAUACAAAUGUCUCUCUGUUAAUCCACUUGUGCUGCAUGUGUUUAGUCAUUGUUGGUUUGGUUCAUUGCUAUUUGUGUUUGGUAGAAAGCAAACACUGAUACAUAAUGUCAUGCAAUCAUGUGGAACACUGAACUUAUGGUCGGUUGUCACUGGGAUGCAGAGCUAGAGUUGAGUGACUGCUGCAGGUAACAAUCACACACCUGUAACGGAGGAGGAGAGUGAACAGUCUGCGAUCGUCGUCUGCCUCAGCUUCACAGUGCCUUGUCUCACUCACAGUGCUGUGUGAGUGAGAGGGGGAGUGGCUAGAGUAGAGCAGCGAAAGCUUCUUUUAACAAUAUCACACAGAGGUCACAAUGAGGACUCGCCCCCUGAAGGAUGUUCAGCAGAUGACAGGGUGAGUGUGAUUGUCCCUCUCAUCCUGUCAGGUGUGCGAUGACAUCAUGAGACGGUGGCGUCACUCGGUGGAUGAGCUAGCGGCGCGGCGGCGACAGCAGAGCGAGUGUGAGCGCGCUCAUCAGGCUCUGAGUCGGGUCACUUCCUGUUUCCAGCAGCUAGCGGCGUCACUGGGCAGCACAGCGGACAGCAGCUUCCUGAGAGACGAGCUGGAGGAGACAAGGACACUCGCUCACCGAAUCUGCUGUGGGUUGUCCCGACGUCUGGUGCGUCUUGUGUCCCUCAGUGACUCGUGUGUGGAGGACAGACAGGUGUCAGAGCGUCUCUGGGUUCUCUUGCUGUCGGCGCUGGAGCACUUCCUGUCUGACCUGAGGAAAGCGAGCGAUCUGAUUGGACAGUUUCCUCUGACUCAGCGCUGCGACAGAAACUCAUUGAUCAACACAGGAUGUAUGGAUGGCGUGGUGGGCGUGGCAGCGCAGGUGGCGUUGGUUCAGGUACCGUGGCUCACCUUGGAGGAGGAGCCUAGUCCUGAUCUGACGUGUCACAUAAGUGGACUGGAGGACAUGUUGACUGAGAUGCAGCGCAGGGUGCCCGUGGCGUUCUGGGCGGUGGAGGCGACUCAGGCGGCAUGGACCGAGGCUCACGGCGCCGUGGAUGAACCCGACCACAGUCUGGAGGAGCUGAUGGACGUGGAAGUCGUCCACGGCAACAAGAUGGCCACCUGCUGCCAACCUAUGUGCUGUGGACUGGGGUGUGUCGGAUAGAAGGGGGAGGAGUCAACUCAAACCUGCGAUGACAUUUGUGACUGUGAUCAAUAAAAUAAUAAAGCUUUCAAAAUCAA